AGGCACAAGGAAGAACGAAGAGAGAUCAGCGACUUAACAACAAUAAUGGCCACCGCCAUAGUUCCCACGGACGCCGAGCUGCUGCAGGCGCAGGCCGACCUGUGGCGCCACAGCCUCUACUACCUGACAUCCAUGGCGCUCAAGUGCGCGGUGGAGCUCCACAUCCCGACCGCCAUCCACAACCUAGGCGGGUCUGCCACGCUGCCGGACCUCGUGGCCGCGCUGUCCCUGCCAGCGGCCAAGCUCCCGUUCCUCGGGCGCGUGAUGCGGCUGCUGGUCACGUCGGGCGUCUUCGCGUCGUCCGACGACGUGCAGUACCGGCUGAACCCGCUGUCCUGGCUGCUGGUGGAGGGCGUGGAGUCGGAGGACCACACCUACCAGAAGUACUUCGUGCUGGGCACCGUCUCCCGCCACUACGUGGAGGCCGGCAUGUCCCUGGCCGACUGGUUCAAGAAGGAGGAGGACGAGGACCGCCAGCUGCCGUCGCCGUUCGAGGCCCUGCACGGGGUGCCCCUCGUCCACGAGAGCACCAAGCUGCUGGACGAGGAGCUGGACAGGGUCGUGGAGGAAGGCGUGGCCGCGCACGACAACCUGGCCAUCGGGACCGUCAUACGGGAGUGCGGCGCCGACGUCUUCAGCGGCCUCCGCUCGCUCACCUACUGCUGCGGCAGGCAGGGGAACGCCAGCGCGGCCGCCAUCGUCAAGGCCUUCCCAGACAUCAAGUGCACCGUGCUCAACCUUCCCAGGGUCGUCGAGGAGACGACGACCAAGACCAUCACCAUCCCGCCUGCGCAGGCUGUCAUGCUCAAGCUCGUCCUGCACUUCUGGAGCGACGACGACUGCGUCAAGAUCCUGGAGCUGUGCAGGAAGGCCAUCCCUUCCCGCCAAGAAGGAGGGAAGGUGAUCAUCAUUGAGAUACUCCUGGGCCCGUACAUGGGGCCGGUCAUGUACGAGGCCCAGCUGCUGAUGGACAUGCUCAUGAUGGUGAACACCAAGGGCAGGCAGCGCGGCGAAGACGACUGGCGCCACAUCUUUACCAAGGCUGGCUUCUCCGACUACAAGGUUGUCAAGAAAAUCGGAGCUCGUGGUGUCAUCGAGGUCUACCCAUGAUCCAUGAUCGAUGUCAUGUGACUGUGAGAGGACGAUACUGUACAAUUAAAUAAACGGGGUAUCUAGCUACUACUCAGCUUUUGUACCUCGAGAUCCAUGCAUGUUAAUUACUUGCUUCCAUCUGUUUUCAAAAUGCAUCUAUGUAAUGUACUUCGCUUCUUCGUCCA